ACUUUCUCCAAACUACAGUUUCUUCUGCCACAACACAUCGCGACCCUACCAUGGCGCCCUCAUUAGAAGAACCCGUCCAGAUCGACCUCAAUGCGCCCCUCAAAGCAGCCCCCAAACUCGUCGCACCAGAGCCAGAACACUGCCCCGGCCCCGAAUCCGAACAAGCAGGCGUUGCAGACAACUGCGCCGGCUGUCCCAACCAGAAAAUCUGCGCUUCCGCCCCGAAGGGCCCCGACCCCGACAUUCCGGUUAUCACAGAGCGCCUUGCCUCAGUCCGCCACAAGAUCCUCGUGCUAUCCGGCAAAGGCGGCGUCGGAAAGUCGACCUUCAGCACCAUGCUCUCGCACGCUUUCGCGUCGAACCCUAACCUCACCGUCGGCCUCAUGGACACGGAUAUCUGCGGCCCAAGCAUACCCAAGAUGAUGGGCGUGGAAGAGGAGACCAUACAUGUGAGCGCGGAGGGGUGGGAGCCGGUGUGGGUGAGCGAGAAUUUGGGCGUCAUGAGCGUGCAAUUUAUGCUGCCAGGGCGGGACGACGCGGUGAUUUGGCGCGGCGCGAAGAAGAAUGGGUUGAUCAAGAAGUUCCUGAUGGAAGUGCGGUGGGGCGAGAUGGAUAUGCUCAUCGUGGACACGCCUCCGGGCACGUCCGAUGAGCAUCUCUCUGUGAACUCGUUCCUCAAGAGCUCGGGAGUGGACGGUGCGGUGCUGGUGUCUACGCCGCAGGAAGUCAGUUUGCUGGAUGUGCGUAAGGAGAUUGACUUUUGUCGCAAGGCGAAAAUUCCAAUACUGGGUAUUGUGGAGAAUAUGUCCGGGUUUGUGUGUCCGGGGUGCAAGCAUGAGAGUCAGAUUUUCCGCGCGAGCACCGGCGGUGCGAAGAGGUUGGCUGCUGAUGAGAAGAUACCGUUUUUAGGCGCGGUGCCGUUGGAUCCAAGGAUAGGCAUGGCGUGCGAUUUUGGAGAGAGCUUCUUGGAUGCGUAUCCUGAGUCACCGGCGUGCAAGGCUAUACGGCACGUUGUCCGGAGAGUGGCCGAGGAGAUAGGCAUGCAGGGUGACGUCUUAGAAGGAGACGAGUAAGAACACCUACUUCAAAGGGCAUUUGGGCGGCGUUUGCAUUGUUUUCGAGCGAUUGAUAGCGUUAUAUUUGGUUCAUAAGAAUUUAGAGGUCAUAUGGACAGUCAAACAC